CAAGAAAGGGAAGUUAUGAAAAGUAUUUGGAAUCGACCAAUAGUGAACAGGUACAUUUAUGACAUAUUACCACAUAUAUACAGCAUGUCAGCAUUAAUUGGCAAUUCAAUGGUGAAUAUAUGGAGGUGAAAAUAUGCUUUCAUCCACUACAUUGAGUAUGUCUUGUUGAUGUAAUCAAGGAGACGAAAGAAGGAAGAGGAAGAAGAAAACCCAUUACAAAUGGAGAAAAUUUAUUCAAGCCAGGAAGGACUGGAUGAACCCAUGGCAAGAUCAUCGCAGCAUGGCGGUCUUAAAACCAUGCCCUUCAUAAUUGCAAAUGAAGCAUUUGAAAAGGUUGCAACUUAUGGACUGACGGCGAAUAUGAUUUUAUACUUGACCGGAGCUUUUAAUAUGGAAGUUGUGAUGGGUGCUCAAGCUUUGUUCUUAUGGACUGCCACAUCAUAUUUUUUGCCGAUUGUUGGAGCUUUGGUUUCUGAUUCUUACUUGGGUAAAUUUAGGGUCAUUGUUCUCGCAUCACUAUCUAGCCUCACUGGGAUGGUUUUACUCUGGUUAACAGCAAUGGUUCCAUCAGCAUCACCUAGGGAAGCUGAAAAAGCCACACCAGCGCAACUUGCUUUACUAUUUUCAUCAUUUGCGUUCAUGGCAAUUGGGGCAGGUGGUAUUAGACCAUGUUCAAUAGCAUUUGGAGCUGAUCAAUUUCACAAACCAGAAAACCCUGGAAAUGAAGGAGUUUUGCAAACUUUCUUCAAUUGGUAUUAUGCAUCUGUUGGAGUCUCAAUCAUGGUUGCUGUUACCCUUAUCGUCUAUAUUCAAGAUCAUAAAGGAUGGAAAUUUGGUUUCGGCAUUGUUGUCCUGCUAAUGUUAUUAUCCACUGUCUUGUUUGUCUUGGGUAAUCCAUAUUAUGUCAAGGUGAAGCCAAAUAAGAGUUUGUUUAUAGGGUUCGCACAAGUCCUUGUGGCAUCUUGGAAGAACAAGGAUCUUGUUUUUCCUCCAGUGAAUUCUAUUCAUGCAUGCAGCUACGUGUACCAUCACCAUACAGGUUCAAAAUUGGUCGCACCAACUAACAAUCUAAGGUUUCUGAACAAAGCUUGUAUAAUCAGAAAUCCUGGCGAAGAAAACUUGAAACCAGAUGGGUCAGCUAGAAAACCGUGGAGUUUAUGCACAGUGGAUCAGGUUGAAGACCUCAAAUCCUUAAUGAGAGUAAUUCCUAUAUGGUCAACCGGGAUCAUGGUUAGUGUAGUAGUCGGCCAGAAUUCGUUUUUCGUACUUCAAGCAAAAAACAUGAACAAGCAUAUAACCUCAAGCUUCCAAUUCCCAGCAGGCUCAUUUAUGGUCUUCACAAUCCUAACUUACACAAUAUGGUUAGUGGUGUGCGAUAAAAUCAUUAUUCUGCUAGUAUCAAAAGUUACAAAACAAAAAGGUUCACUUACCGAUAAACAACGGAUGGGUAUAGGAAUACUACUUGUAUGUGCAGCAAUGAUAGUUUCGGCCGUGGUGGAAAGUAUUCGACGCAAAAGAGCAAUCGAACAUGGGUUGUUGAAAAUUGCUCAUGCCGCGGUCGAUAUGUCAGCUUUUUGGUUAGUGCCACAACAUUGCUUGGUCGGAGUAGCUGAGGCUUUUAAUUUUAUAGCACAAAUCAAGUUUUACUAUACUCAAUUUCCUAAAAGUAUGGCUAGUAUUGCUGUGGCUCUUUUCUCAGUUGGAAUGGCUGUUGGGAACUUGAUUGGGAGUUUUAUUGUAAAGGUGGUGGAUAAAGCAAGUAAAGGAAGCGGAAAUCAAAGUUGGCUUUCAAGUAACUUAAAUCAGGGCCAUUAUGAUUAUUAUUAUUGGGUUCUUGCUGUUUUGAGUUUUGUUAAUUUCUUGUACUUUCUUGUUUGUAAUUGGGCUUAUGGUAGUGACAACAAUGAAGAAGGAAUUAGAGUUUUAGGUGAUCAGGGGGAAGAGGUGAAAGAGAAAAACAUUCAUGUCUAGCUAUUUUUCUUCUUUUGGAAUUUGUUUAGUUUGUAUGAAAGACCCUCAGAUCCUCUCUUCUUAGAGUUGUUGCAGUAGAUUCACGUUCAUAUCCAAAUAUAGAAGAUCUGAAGACUAUUCGUUUUC